GUGGCGCCAGAGGUUAGCAGAGAAGACAAAGUGAGGCAAGCUGUGAAGCAGAGUUGCCCAGCAGAUGAAGAUGCUAUCGACUACCUGGCCAAUAUGGCUGUGUCGCUGGUGGAAGAUUUCAAUGACGCGGAGUCAUUGAGACGGGAAUUGGAGGAGGGCUUCUUGCCCAUGUUGGAAGAGUACGAAGUCUCCACAGAAGACGCCCGAGCCCUCUGUGCCAAAGUGGUCGAGGCUGCUGCACCGGUCGGAGCAGAUGCUGCGGAGCCGGCAGAGCAGGGCGCCGUGGAUGAAGAGUUUUUAUGUUAUGUGCCGAAUCUCUUGCUAAUGUACGGUGGCAGUCCAGAGCCAUUGCUGCGGGGUGCGUGUCUAGAGAUCAGGCGCGGACACCGCUACGGAGUGAUUGGCUCCAAUGGUUCUGGAAAGACCACAUUGAUGGCCAGGAUUGCCAGCAAAGAUAUCUCUGGGUUUCCUGAUCUUCGAGUGGUUUUGCUUCGCCAUGAGGCAAUUCUGCAGGGCGUGCGACGGUCAACAAAGGUUUGCGACUACGUGUCGCAGCGCAAUGUUGGAGAAGAUGCGGCUUCAGCAGAGGAAAUGGAGAAGGCUUUGCACAUCAUGGGCUUCGAGACUGAGGACCAAAUGGGUAAAGCCGUGUUGGAGUUGAGCGGUGGAUGGCAGAUGCGUUUGGCCUUGGCAUGUGCUGUGGCGCGGAAGGCGAAUCUCCUACUGUUGGACGAGCCAACCAAUCAUUUGGACGCUGAAGGUGUGCGAUGGCUCGUGGACUUCAUCAAGUCGACUUGCGGCGAUGGUCAGGGAGCGGCAAUGAUUGUUUCGCAUGACCCGGACUUUCUGGAUCUCGUUUGUACAGACGUGGUCCAUUUCUCGCCCAGUUCUCAAAAAGGGAAGCUGGCCUACUACCCGGGCAUCUUCUCGGCCUUCAAGGCCAACCAGCUGAAAGGCGAUGAGGCCGAGGCCAAGCGGCUCCUAGAAACCGAGAAGGAGCCCAGCUUGGGCUUGGGACCGGACGACGGAAAUCGCAUGGCCUUUCCCAUUCCGGAGAAGAUCGGAGACACCACCGCCGAGCGGAAGGCCGCGGUGGUGACUUUGGAGAAAGCAGCUUUCCAGUACAAAGGCGCAGCAGAGCCAGUUUUCCAAGACAUUUCUGUGGAGCUCAGCAUGUCAAGCAGAGUCGGCAUCGUUGGGAAGAACGGCUCAGGCAAGUCCACUUUGCUGUCGAUGCUGGCGGGACGCAAGCAGCCCAGCACGUUGGCCGGCAAGACCGGCAGGCUUUGGUGGCACAAGGAUUUGCGCUUGGCUUACAUUGCCCAGCAUGCUUUGGUGCACCUGGGGAACUAUGUGGACAAGACGCCCUUGGAAUAUAUGCAAAUCCGCUUUCGCCGCGGCUUCGACGAAGAAACUCCAAUUGUGCGUGGCGAGAAGCUUCUGUCUGCCAAGGAGGAGGAGGAGAUGCAAAAGGUGGGUAUUCGCCAUGGAAAGCGUGGCAAGGCCGUUGAAACCUUGAUCAAUCGUAUCGAGAUCACCGACAAGACUGAAAAGACAAAGGAAAAGGAUCGCGAGUUUCUCUACGAAGUGAAGUGGAAGGAUCUCAGUCCAGCGGAAAACACCUUCGAGUCCGUUAGCAGGCUUAAGCAGCUGAAGGCCUUGAAGUUGGUGGAGGAUCUGAACGCCCGGAUCUGGGCGGCCUGGGCUGGUUGUCCUCAACGACCUCUGACGGAUCGCGAAGUGCUGCAGCACAUGGAACCCUUUGGCCUUGAUGAGGAUGUGCUGUGCCACCGGAGAAUCUCAAUGCUUUCCUCAGGGCAGAAAUGCAAACUUGCAUUGGGCGCUGCAUUUUGGACCAGGCCGCAUGUGAUUUGCUUGGACGAGCCAACGAACUACUUAGACACUGACACCGUGGAGCUGCUGAAACGUGCCAUGCGUGCCUUCCGUGGCGGCUUUGCAGUGGUGUCCCACAGCGAGAAGCUGAUUGAAGAGGUCUGCGACGAAGUGUGGACAAUGGAAGAUGGCUGUGUGACCGCGGAGCGCAGGGCCCGUCGCAAGUGA